AUGAUGCUGAGCGGUAAGAGCCUCAGAAAAUCAGAAAACAGGCAAUGGAGGAACUCCUUAAAGAAGGAAGAAGGCGAAAAUGAAAGGGAACAAAAAAGUAAUGAAAAUUCGAAGGGAAAUAGUAACCAUAUGUCGGACGUGAAAAGGGAAGGAGCUUGCAAUUCGACCAGUAACAGCAAGGCACAUGAAGAAGAACAAAAAAAAGAAACUACCCCUAAUUCAGGUUACACAAAAAGUGAAAAGAAUGAAAAAGGAAAUGCAAAUGAAGAUGGAAAUAAUAUGAAUAUGAAGGAAAAAAAUACAUCCAACAGCUUACCCAGUGUGGCGGCAGGAGUUGAUGACGUGACAGGCGCCAUCAAGGACACCGCGAAGGAUGAAGCUAAUUUAGGAAAAAAAAACACGGUUAAGUGGGAAGAUGAAGGAAAUGAUAAUUUAAAAAGAGGCCAUAAGAGAACAACGGAUGGUAAUGACGAAAUGAAGGAACAAUCACUAAGUUGUAAAAAACAAAAAUGUGAAAACUCCACAACAGUCCAGUGUGAAUUAAGUCUAUAUGAUGAAUUCAGAAAUUCUAUUCAAGGUAAUGACAAAAAUUUUGUACAAUCUUAUAUGAAGAAAAUCAAGAGGAAUUUUUUUUCCUAUUGGAAUGAAUGCGAAUAUCAACUGAAGGAGCUACGAAAAAGGUACUUGGAGAAUGAAAAAUUAAUCAAAGAAAUUGUUCAGGAGAAUAACCUCUUGAUGAACGGCGUGGACAAUGUCGAGGAUAACUUAACGGGAGCAAUCACAGGUGAAGAAGCCAACAGAGACCAACAAACCGCAAAGGAAAACACCCCCAGUGUAGAGAAUUCCACGGAAAAUUAUAAUACCCCCUUACAGAAAACCAAGAUGGAGAAAAAAAGACAAAUAUUAAACAACAUCCUAAAUAUAAAAAUGAUUUACAGAAUGAUCGAAAUGUACCUUUUCACCAUGAGACAAUUCUCCUAUUUAUUGAAAGAAAAUAACAACUUCAUUUCUCUAAUUGUGGACGAAGAAAAUGUAGAAAAAAAUAACUACGAACGAAUGAUUCGAAAAUUUUUAAACUUUGAAGCUAAGAAUUAUGAAAACAUUAAAAAGUUUGCUUUAAAAAAUAAAAUGUUGUCUAUGAAUAAUUUUUUUAAAAAGACUCGGCAAGGCAGUAAUUACUCAAAGGAUGAACUGUCCCAUUUUUACACCUUGAAAUGUUUGGAGGAGGAAAUUUCCAAUCGGACAAAUGCAAAAGAAAACCUACGAUUAUUAAUGAUAAAAAACAAAGAAUGCAAAGAAGAAUAUGCGAAGCAUGAUCAACGAAAAGCCACCUCCAUGAACAAAUUAUCUCUCUUUACGAGUAGCAUCAAAAGUAUCAUCGAUAAAUAUGACACCUUGGAUUUUCCCCAAACGAAAUAUUUAUCAUCGGUUUAUUUUAAAAUGAUGCAUGGCCAGAUGGAGAUAAAUUCCAGUAACGUUUCACUUUUGAAUAACAAAAGGCCCUUCAAUUUUCUCUUCAGCUUUAAGGAGCAGGGCGGUGGCGGGAACAGCGGUAGUAACGGCGGAAAUAACAGCGGCGGAAACAACGGCAGUAACAACGGGGGAGACAGCGCAGGAGGCAUCCACGACGGCUACAGCCACGUCUACACCUACAUGAAAUAUGAUGUCACUACGCAAACUCGGAAAAACGAAAAAAAUUCCGAGCCCCCUCCUCAAGAGGAUGUCCACGAGGAAUCUAUAACCAUAAACAUGUACACCAAAGACAACUUUGAUAUUUCUAUUUUGCCCGAUUUAACUUAUCUGAAAUAUUUGCAAAUACAAAUUGAAAUUUUCUACCUUCCCAAGCAAGAUUGCCUAGUGGCCAAGACAACUCCCGUUCAAUUCUUAGGGCUCAACGGGGGGCGUAGCCUACUUUCAGAUAUAUACAGCAACGAGGAUCACUUCGUUUUCUUCUCCGAGGGCGUAGAUUCUUUUUACAAUUUUAAGUAUGGUUUUCCCUUCUUUUGGCUGAAUGCCAUGGGGGGAAAGCCGUGCGGACCCGGUGCAGACGGCUACGCGCCGAGAGGAAGGAGCAACGGCAGCGGGAACAACGAGGAAAGCGCUGAAAGUAGUGCGAAUGGCCAGAACGGCGUGAUCAGCGUGAUCGGCUUGAUCGGUGGAAGCAGCAGCGGAAACGCGGCCACAGAGCGCCCCACGAACGAGCAGCUGGAUAAAAACAACCUGUCGGAAAUUUACCAGUGGCAUCUGGGAAGGACCCUAGAUGUGUCCGUUUUUUUCUCCAAAAUAUUUACAAGAGCCCUAUUUAGGAUAUGGGACGUCUGGCAAGUUAACCACUACAAGUACUACCCCAAUGUCUUCCCUCCAUUUUCCCAUGAGAAACAUCUCGAGGCGUUAAAAAAAAUCCAGUCAAACUCGUUGCAACAAAUAUCAUACUUUGACAUUAUAACUGAGGAGGCGUAUUUGAAGGAGGAAAAGGAAAACACGGAGGAACGCAGCAACGACAACCUUUACGCCUGCUGCUUCAUUCAAUUGUACGAGGCCUACGUGAUAAAGUCGUACAUCAGUGUCCCUUUCAACGGAAAGGAACCCUACUUUAGCAUAUUUUUAACGAAGAAGAAAACGCAAAAGCGGUUAAAGAAACUGCAAGACUACCUAAACAUGACGGUUGUAAAUAAGCACUCCAAAGUUGAGGAUACCCAAAGGCAAAUCAUAUUAACCUUACAGCUGGCAAAACUGAGGGAGGGGGCACAUAAAUAUUACAAGUCGUUUAACAAAAGUUCGACGCCUAUAUUUGAUGAGGAAUUAAGUUGA